UAUGAUCCGUGCCCAACCGGCUCCUCCUGCCCGAUACGCCUCCUCUCCCUCCCGGCGACGUGCAAUUCACAACUUUAUCAUAAGAUUACAUCCUUUAAGCAACUAGCUGUUUUUAAAUAUUAUACUAUCACGUAGCGUAGUAAGAAGCAAGCGUUGUCGCCUGAGGAUGUUGGGGAAGUCUGCUUCGCUUAGAGCCGGCGUCAGGCCGAGACCAAACGUAUUACAGCACCCAACAAGUCUACAACGCCAUGCUGGCCACGGGAAGCAGGUCGCGCCGAUGCGCUUGCAUGCGACACAGCCCACGUCGACUGCCUCGCUGUCGCUUUGGAACGGCUUUGAUGAGUUUACACCCCUCAAUGAUCGAGUGGAUGCACCGCCGCUGUCGCUACCGGCCAUAUCCGAGCCGAUGCGCGUGAUUAUUGUUCGGCAUGGCCAGUCCACUUGGAACGCCGAGGGCCGCAUCCAGGGCAGCACCGACCUCUCGGUCCUCACAGAGAAGGGUGUGAAGCAGGCAGGCAAGACACGCGACAUGCUUUCGGCAGUGCCCUUCUCCGCGGUAUUCCAAAGCCCACUGGCCCGCGCUCGCCAGACCGCAGACGUGGUGCUUCAGGGCCGCCACCAGGGGGAAAGCGCGCGGCAGUCGCCACCGGCCACCGCGCCGCCUUCGCCGCCGCCGCCGCGGGUCACGCUGCCCUGCUUGCGCGAGGUGGACCUGUACCAGUUCCAGGGCCUGCUCAAGGCCGAGGGGAAGGCGCUGUACGGCGAGGCAUACAUGCGGUGGCAGCGCGCGCCUCACACAUUCGAGAUGGACGGCAGGGCGCCGGUCAGGGAGCUGUGGUACCGCGGCUCUCUGGCCUGGCAAAGCCUGCUGCAGCCCCAGCCUGCUACAGCCUCCGAAGCCGGCAGUAGCAGCAGCGGUAGCAGUAGCAGCAGCAGCAAUGGCGGUGGCGGCGCUGCGGGCGGCGCUCCGGCGCGUCAGCUGCUGGUGGUGGCGCACAACGCCAUCAACCAGGGGCUGGUGGCGACGGCGCUGGGCCUGCCACCGCAGUACUUCAGGCGCCUGCCCCAGAACAACGCCGCACUCAGUGUGCUGGACUUCACACCCGCCACGGCGACGGGGUCGGCGCCUCACGUGACCCUCAGCUGCCUCAACCAGUCACCCGACAACCCCUUCAAGAACCCGGACAAGGUGGUGGGGCACGUUGUGCUGCUGUCGCCGCCGGCGGGGGGCGGCGAGCAGCAGGCGGCGGCGCUGCAAGCGUUGGCGGCUGUGUUGAGCAAUCUGCAGGUCACGCACGUGCUAAUGGCCACGCCCGACGUCAACUCCUACCUCGUCACAUCGCUGCUCGCGACACAGCAGCAACAGCCAACCGCCGCCGCCGCCGCCGCCGCACCCGUGGAGCACAUGCCGGCAGCCGGCCCGGAGGUCUGGCGGCGCGCCGUCGAGCUGGCGGCGGUUAAAACCGGCGGCGCAACCACCGGCUCGGCCGUACAGUACGGCAACGUGCUCGUUCUGCUGGACGAGCAGUCACACGCGGCGGCGGUGUGGGCGGCUCUGGGGCUGGCGGCGCCGCCGGCGGGCGCGGGCCCGCUGCUGCGUGUGUCGCCGGGUGGGCUGUCGGUGUGUGAGUUUGCGGCGGACCCGGCCCAGACGCCUGCGACUGUGCGCUGUAUCAACAACACCGCCCACUUGUAGGCAUGAGUGCGGCGGUUCUGUGGUGAUUGCUGAGAGUGUGGGCAAGGGUACGCGCAUGUGGGGGCCAGGCCAAGUGGGCGCUAAAUGUUUAAGAUUAUUAUUUCAUUGGACGGUGGUCAGAGAUGAAGCCAGCGAAUGUGAACUUUGAAGAAGGGUGCAGCAAGGGCGGACCAGGCGUUGCAAGUGCUGGCAGCUGCUUGUGAGGCUGGGGGCGUACGGCGAGACAUUGCAGGGCCCGCACCCAGCAAGGCGUGCGUUGUUGCGGCGGGCCUACGUACCGCUUCGGCUCUAAGCCCGAUAGUGACGACACGCGGACACGCGCCGCAGCGGCUCAGCCUGCCAGGUUUGGUGUGCGAUGGGACAAGGUUUAGGCAGGUUGGCAAGGUCCCGUAGGGUGCAGCUGACGCCCAUAGCCCGAGCAGACGGCAAACAAUUUGCAGGUGUAAUCCGGGAAAAACCUGAGUGCUGCGAGUAUUGUGCAUGACUGCCGCACAGCGGCAGCCCACGUGCCGCGACCGUACUGUGUACUGUAAUGAAGCAGCAGUGUCGGGAUUGACAGGUGAACCGG